UCGUUCGUUCAUUCCGUUUUUAACGUACGCGCCGGGUGGUCGUCCGCGGUUGCAUAUUUUUAACAACACGUGGCGGGCCGAAUCGUGAAUAUAACCUAUUCGUCGUAUCAACAGCUGCUACAAAUUGAACGGAUUGAUAGUUCGAGAGACAAGCAAAAUUUAUCAAAAUGGUUAAUGAGUCAAAUGGGAGCGCUUCUCCGCAGCAGGAGCUUGAGACAUUCUUGUCUCCAGAAGAACGGAAUAAAGAAAGAAUCGUCAAAAAAUAUGAAAUGACCAAAGAUGCAGAGGCGGCGGAUUUUGAUCCUUUUGCUGAACGUAAACUGGACAAUCCCACAUCAAACAUGGACACACUAACCCAUCUCCUGAAGGCUUCGCUCGGUACUGGCAUCCUCGCGAUGCCCAAAGCUUUCAAAAGUUCCGGCCUCAUCAACGGUAUCUUUCUCACCAUUCUCGUCGCGGUCAUCUGCACCCACUGCGCUUACGUUCUUAUUAAAUGUGCUCACGUACUGUAUAGAAAGACGAGAAGAACGACUAUGAGCUAUCCUGAAGUCGCAGAAACGGCGAUGCAAAACGGACCUCAGUGGGGAAAACGAUAUGCAUACAGUUUUAGAAUAUUCAUACUUGUCAGUCUGUUCAUGACCUACUUUGGCACGUGCUCGGUGUAUACUGUGAUCAUUGCCACGAACAUAUUAAAGGUGGCGAACCACUAUCUAAGUUCUGAUAUCGACUUAAGACUGAUUAUAUUGAUACUUCUAAUGCCACUCAUCUGCAUGGCUUGGAUUAGGAACUUAAAAUAUUUAGCGCCAGUUUCUAUGAUCGCAAACGUAUUCAUGGGCGUCGGUCUAGGAAUCACUUUCUAUUAUUUAGUGGGCACUGGAGGUCUUGAUUUUGACAAAGUAUCGAACAUCAAACCCCCAGUAGAAUGGCCCGAGUUCUUCUCGCUGACGAUUUUCGCGAUGGAAGCUAUUGGAGUUGUUAUGCCAUUGGAAAACGCUAUGAAAACGCCCAAGUCUAUGCUAGGAUUCUGCGGUGUGCUGAACAAAGGCAUGUCUGGAGUCACUCUUGUGUACAUCCUACUCGGCUUCCUCGGUUAUCUACGUUACGGCGAUGAAGUCAAAGACUCAAUCAAUCUUAAUUUGGACCAAGAAAAGGUACCGGCCCAAAUCGUUCAAAUAGCGAUCGCAAUUGCCGUCUACUGCACAUUCGGUCUUCAGUUCUUUGUGUGCAUUGAGAUAAUGUGGAACUGCAUAAAGGAAAAGUUCACCAAGCACCCGAUAAUGGCUGACUACGCCAUGCGUACUGUCAUGGUAACAGUGUGUGUUCUACUCGCGGCCGCUGUCCCUACCAUAGCGCCAUUCAUGGGAGUUAUCGGUGCAUUCUGCUUCUCACUACUAGGCCUUAUAGCUCCAGCAUUCAUUGAAGUUAUCACUUUCUGGAACAUCGGUUACGGACGUUUCCACUAUCUGGCAUGGAAGAAUGUUCUAGUAUUCAUCUUUGGCCUUUUCGCACUUAUCUUCGGUACCAAAGACGCUGUUAUAAGCAUAAUAAAUGAGUACAACUAGUAACAUUGCACAUCAGCCUGAUCACAGGUCUGAGUUGAAAAGGAAAUAUGUGUGAUAGUUAGUUAGAUUGUAAGGUUUAGAUUUUAGUUCAAUUUAUUUUAAUCUUUUUAAAGCAUUUUGUAAGACGUAUUUUUACUACACCGCGGACCGAUUUUGGACACCGCUUUUGUUUGGUGCAAGAAAUGUUAUGAAUAAUGAAUUGAAUGUUUUAAAGCUCCGCAUAAUAUGCAGAUCUUAUAACGUUCAAAUGUGUGGGCAGCCUGUGUCAGCUGUAUAAGGGAGAUUUUAACUUGUUUUAACCUUUUUUUAUUUCGAUUGCAUUCCCAAUUGUACAAUAUUUAAUUGUGUGAAAAUGUAGCAAGACCUUAUUACGAGCACGACCAAUACAAUAUAAUUCAAACAAUCAUUUGUAAAAUGUUUAUAAUGGUCGGAUUAAAAAAAAAUCAAUAUUUUUUUGUUUUACAAUCAUACAAGUUAUUUGUUUAAAUAUGUUAUGUUAUAUUUAAUCCCGAAAACCGUUGUAACAGUAUUCAAAUAUAUUCACUAUUCAUUGUUUUUGUAAUUUUAAUUGAAAACCGUUAUUUUGUUUCAUGUUUAUUUCGAAAUUGACUUGUUAAAUUAUUUCACGCGUUUUAUUUCCGACAGUAGUCUAAGUAAUUAUACCAGAACAAAGUUAAAAAAUACUGUAGCAACAACUGUAACGGUAAACGAUUAUUUUAUUUAUACAUUUAAAACUAAGAACAAAUUGCACGAUAUGCACCGAUGAUUUUGAGUAGGAUUUUAAAUGUAAAAUCGCAUUUAAUGUUUUGUAAUGUUUACUAUUUAAAAUGAAUUUUAAU